CACCACUCCACCCACUCCACAUGAAACAUCUCGCAACUCUGUCGAAAGCGCGCGAUUUACUGCUUGUACGCUGACAGCUCGAGAGAUCAAUGAGAACCCGUGAGCUGCGAAGCGUGCGCAAGAGCGCUGCCAGCCCUGGCCCCCGCUCGCGGCGGCUCAGGGAUGAACGAUGACAGCGACAAAUGCGGCGGAGAUAGAUAUCAUGAGACACUUGAUAUCUGCCCGCUCUCGCUGAGCGAGUCGUAAUUCCACACUGGGGGAUUGUCAACAGAGGUAAUAUUUCACGCCAAUCACCAACAAUACGUCCAGAUCAAUCUGGAGCCAUCACUACUAAGCGGGUGUGGUCACUGACAUCGUCGAUGAGAAGGUAUGCACGUUCUAAAGCAGCAAUGGAUACUUGGAGGGUCUGCACUUCUGUGGUCUUUAUGGUGGGUUGAUUGAGCUUCACGGGAUUGCGACUUCAGUCGGCGGUAUGUAUGGCUGGCCCUUCACCGUCUCUUACCGGUGCGGUGAUAUUGUCUUGGAGAAGCAGGGGCAAGUGCAAGCCACAACAAUACAGAAAGACAGACCACUAGACGCAGCUCAUGUGCCGAUACAGCUCUGCAUCUACUCAAGGAGACAGGCCGGCCUGUUGGGUCUGAGGCAAGCAAACAGCUCCUGCGAAUUUGACUUGCAUAGCGCCGCUAAUUUGUGUGUUUACUUCUUGCGGUACAUCGAUGGGACGGCCGUAGGGUUGGUAUUGGCGUCCUCUGAGAUGCUGGCUUCAGAGACCCCGUGGCCUGGGUGUACGCGUUUUUGGUCUUCGCUGCUGGUGUUUCUAGUUUUGUUGCAGUGUCCAACGCGACAGCCUCGUCCGAGGCGAGGGUACCUACUACGUCUCUGGUGGUUUUCCGAUCGGAUAAACGGCUAUCCUCCGUCUGCAGGCUUCAAAUGUCGCAGGCAGUACGAAGAAGGUCACCGUCAGCAUCGUUCGCACAAUUGCGUUCACUGUUGGCAACGUCAUAUCCCUUUACACGUUCCAAACCAAGCUUGCGCCGGGGUACCUGCCUGUAAAGAUAGUAUUGUGAUCUUGUAUGUUUCGAUUACUGUUGAUUUGUUUCUUAUACGCUGCCUGUUUGUGAGGAGAAAAAGGCAGACGGAGAAAGAGAAGAUGGGCGAAGGAGAACCACGACUUUUUGGAUCAGACAGAUUUGGUGAACAAAUACGUAUUGUAGCCAAACGCGCCUUCCGUUGACGUCAAAGAGUCAGAAACAAAACCAAACAACUGGGAAAAACUGAUUCAGGCCUAGUCACCC